GCCCUGGGCGAGCCGCGUCCUCUGAGGAGAGGGCUCCGCCCCCGAGUGACGGCCGGGUCGGGAAUUGGCGGCGGCGCUGCAGCCAUUUCCGGUUUCGGGAAAGUGGGUGGGGUGCGGAGCGGGACUUGGAGCCGCCGCGGCCGCUGCCCUCUACAGAGCCUUCCUUGCGCCGGGUGCUGCCAGGAGGAUGCGGCCGGGGCCCGGAGGAUGCUGCUGCCGUCGCCCGGUGCGGGCGAACGGCUGCGUAGCGAACGGGGAAGUGCGGAACGGGUACGUGAGAAGCAGCACCGUAGUCGCCGCCAGCCAGAUCCAUCAUGUUACACAAAAUGGAGGACUGUACAAAAGACCAUUUAAUGAAGCUUUUGAAGAAACACCAAUGCUGGUUGCUGUGCUCACUUAUGUGGGGUAUGGUGUACUCACCCUCUUUGGAUAUCUUCGAGAUUUCUUGAGGCAUUGGAGAAUUGAAAAGUGUCACCAUGCAACAGAAAGAGAAGAACAAAAGGACUUUGUGUCAUUGUACCAGGAUUUUGAAAACUUCUAUACAAGGAACCUCUACAUGAGGAUAAGAGACAACUGGAAUCGACCAAUCUGUAGUGUGCCUGGAGCCAAGGUGGACAUCAUGGAGAGACAGUCUCAUGAUUAUAACUGGUCAUUCAAGUAUACAGGAAAUAUAAUUAAAGGUGUUAUAAACAUGGGUUCCUACAACUAUCUUGGAUUUGCACGGAAUACUGGAGCAUGUCAAGAAGCAGCCGCCAAAGUCCUCGAGGAGUAUGGAGUUGGAGUGUGCAGCACUCGGCAGGAAAUUGGAAACCUGGACAAGCAUGAAGAACUAGAGAAACUUGUAGCAAAGUUCUUGGGAGUAGAAGCUGCUAUGACAUAUGGCAUGGGAUUUGCAACAAAUUCAAUGAACAUUCCUGCUCUUGUUGGCAAAGGUUGCCUGAUUCUCAGUGAUGAACUGAACCAUGCAUCGCUGGUUCUAGGAGCCAGACUGUCUGGAGCAACCAUUCGAAUCUUCAAACAUAACAAUAUGCAAAGCCUAGAGAAGCUAUUGAAAGAUGCCAUUGUUUAUGGUCAGCCUCGGACACGAAGGCCCUGGAAGAAAAUUCUGAUCCUCGUGGAAGGGAUAUAUAGAUUUGAGUGUGUUAAGCAUUAUUUCGUUUUCUCUCCCCAUGAUUUUCCAGGCAAAGAAUGUGUGCAGCAGUUAGCUGAAAAUACCAGAUAUUUCAGGAGACGCCUGAAAGAGAUGGGCUUCAUCAUCUAUGGAAAUGAAGAUUCUCCAGUGGUGCCUUUGAUGCUCUACAUGCCAGCCAAAAUUGGCGCCUUUGGACGGGAGAUGCUGAAGCGGAACAUUGGUGUAGUUGUGGUGGGAUUUCCUGCUACCCCAAUUAUAGAGUCCAGAGCCAGGUUUUGCCUGUCAGCAGCUCAUACCAAAGAAAUACUUGAUACUGCUUUAAAGGAGAUAGACGAAGUUGGAGACCUAUUGCAGCUGAAGUAUUCCCGUCAUCGGUUGGUACCUCUACUGGACAGGCCCUUUGACGAGACUACAUAUGAAGAAACAGAAGACUGAGCCUUUUUGGUGCUCCCAUAGAGGGACUCUCCCUCACCUAGGACAGUGUGUGGCCUUUCUGAGCCAGUUCUAGGAACCACACUUCUGGGGCCAUCUCAUGUGAAAGACAUUUCCUCAACUACUGAAGGUGGCCACCGCCACUCUAAAUGGCAUUUUGUAAAUAGUAAAAAACUGCUUCACAUCCUUCUUUUGCGAAAUCUCACCUUUAAAAAUGGAGGUGACUCACUUUGCUUUUUUGUCCAUUAAAAAAAUGUUUUAUUUUAUAAC